CUGGCUGCUGCAGAAGCGCGGCGUGCCGCUGUUAAUAUUUGACACGUACCAACUAGGAGCGAAAGACCGGAGAAGCGGCAGAAGUUGCCUAGUAUUUGAGGUCUCCUUUCUGCAUUCCACAUCGUAGCCUACGUUCCCUCAAAAGUCGCGUUUAUUCAUCACAGCACGAAUGCUAGAUCUGGAUCUUAAUAUCCUUUGGAUUUUCACUCGGACAAAGAACUCAGGUGUUUCUGUUGCAGAGGAACAUUUUGCGGAAACAUUGUAGCCCACAACACAAUUUGAGUUAGAUUGUGGACCGAUCGUUCGUUUGGCGUCACACAUUUUAGUGUUUUUAAAUUUUAUUUUACGUUAUUUUUUAACUUUCUGAGUCGGACCUCUUUGCUCCAUCGAGUAAGGUGGAAGAUGGCGGACGAGGCGGAGAAGUACCAGCAGAGACUGCAGGCCAUCGCGGAGAAGCGCCGCCUGCAGGAGGAGGAGGACCGGGCCAAGCGGGAAAUGGAGGACGAGAAGCUCAGAGCUCAGCAGCUCAAGAGGAAGUCCCUGAGGGACCAGUGGCUAAUGGACGCGAACCCCACCAGCCCUGACAGCCCAGGGCCCAACUCUCCUGCCUUAAGCUCUCCCACUGAGGAGGCAGAGGCGCAAACAGACAAGCCGCAGGAGAGUCCGCAGAAGGCUGAAGAGAAAGAGGAUCAGCAGGAUAACGACAAGGCGGAGGAAGUGAAGGAAGAUGGUGGAUCACCCGAGGAACCCCCAUCAGCCAGUCUGGAAAACGGCCAACAGGAGCCGUCAGUGCUGGAUGCUGCUGCUGCUGCCACCACGUCAGCAUCCCCUGCACCUCCAGAAGAGGCGGUGGAUUCUGGGGCAGCGGCGUUGGGUAACGGCCCCAAGAGCUCGCAGGCCACUGGGGAGCCGGAGGCCCAGCCCACCCCUGAGGAGGACCAGGAGGCGGGACCAGCGCCAGAGAAGGCGGCGGUCAUCCCUAAUGGCACGCAGGAGGGCAAGGAGGAGGCCGCCGCCGAUUCUGCUCCCCAGCCCCCGCAAAAGGAAGAGGUGGCCGAUACCGACGCCCCCCCGAGCGCUGCCGAAACCCCAAAGCAGGAAGAAGGGGGUGCGGAAGAGGGAGGCGCAGAGGCCACGCCGGGGGAGGACCCCACACCGCUCCCGCCUGCUACGGAGGCAGAGCCAGGGAAGGAUUCGGAAGACGAGGACGCGGGGGAGGUCAUCCGAGCAGAGCGGGUGACCGUCACGGAUGAGGGAGACGAGCCAGCCGACACGGAAGCUGCAGCGCCCCAAGCCGACGCGAAAGAACCCGCCCCUCCAGCCGAGAGCUCCGCCCCUCCAGCUGAGAGCUCCGCCCCCCCAGCUGAGAGCUCCGCCUCAGUAGAAGUCCCUGUGCCAGAGGUGCCGAAGCCUGACCCUGCAGAGGACGCAGGCGGCGUUCAGGAGAAAGAGCCCCAGAAAGAGGCCCCAAAAGACGAGGAGGCGUCAGGUGCAGGAGCAGAAGCCCCAACGGAAGCGGAAGGGAAUGUGGAAGAGGCCCCGGAGCCCGAGGUAGAGCCUCCAGCCGAUUCCGCGGAAAAGGAGCCUCCAGCCGAUUCCGCGGAUAAGGGGCCUCCAGCCGAUUCCGCGGAUAAGGGGCCUCCAGCCGAUUCCGCGGAAAAGGAGCCUGCAGCCGAUUCCACGGAAAAGGGGCCUCCAGCCGAUUCCGCGGAUAAGGGGCCUCCAGCCGAUUCCGCGGAUAAGGGGCCUCCAGCCGAUUCCGCGGAGACGGAGCCCCCGGCCGCCCAGGUCCCCGUGUACCCGACAGAGCUGCCCUCGCUCGCCCCCCAGCCUGAAGCGGAGGGGGAGGGGGCGAAGCCGGAGGGGAAGGCGAAGUCUGCAGCUCCAGCCGCCGUGGCCGGACAGUUCCAGGACGUCCCUCUGGAUGGGAACGCGAAGCCGGAGGCAGCCAAGGAUUCGGAGCCGCAGCCCAUAACGGGCACGACAGAAACCCCCGCCGAGCCGUCAGAGCAGCAGGCCCUGCUGGACCCCUCCAAAACCGCCCCCACUCGGGCCGAGGGAGGGGAGCCCCCCAAACGCAAGACCUGCCAGUGCUGCUCUGUCAUGUGACCAGUACAGUACAGACCAGACCAGUACAGGCUGUCUCCGGCUCUCCUCUUCUGCCUGUGUCCUGCUCUCUCGCUCUCUCUCUCUCUUUCUCUCUCUCUCUCCGUGUCAGGUGUCCCCUUCAGUGCACUACAGAACAUCCUGUCUUCCCCCCGCCGUUCUUGAAGAUCCACAAGUGGUGUUCACAUGGUGACCGUCUCCAGUAGUAACCACUGACUCACCCGUGUGGGAACCUCCCCCCCCCCCACCCCCCUCCCCCCCAUACUGCGCUCUUCGCGGUAUUGGGGACAUUGAGUCGUAAGCUAGACUCUCCGGUAUGCGAAUUUGGGAAUUUCCAAAAUGGAUGAGUGGAACUGCGAGCGCGCGCUGUGAGACACUGAUCCCAGAGAGGGCGGAGAUGCGGACCGAACCGCAGCGCAGCGUCAUCAUGGGCAGUGCCAGGCGCGAAACUGCGGCCGUCGACAUGGCCACUGACCUCUCGAUGCUUCAGAUCAGAUCUGCCCUUUUUUUGUUAGCAAAUAAGGGAAUUCUCUACUGUUUAUGGGCUGUGCUAUCCUGCGUUAUUGCGCGUGGCCAUUUUUACUUGGUGAAGCUUCAGCUACAGGUCCACCUACUGGACGUACGGUGACAGUGCUGCAGUCGUACUUUUGAAUGACAUUUAUUUUCACUGUUCUUAUGCAUCUGAAUUGAUUUUUUAAAGCUGUAGAUCUUAUAAAAAAAAUAAAAUCACCAACAUGGAGGUUUUAAGUUGGGUUGAAGUCAAGGCAUGCAUAGAAGGUUACGGUUUUCAACAUUCUGAUUGCUCCGGUCUUUUUAUUGCUUCUAAGAAUUUUACCAUUUUUUCAUCAGUCUUUUAUGGGAAGUCGUUUUUUAACAUGUUUGUAAUGUUACAAUAAAUUUCCUCAAGGAUCAAAACAAAACUAAAGAAAUGUACAUACACAGCCAUAUUUUUGUGAUACCGCUGUGUACCUUAAUGUAUAUAACAUUAAUUAAGGCAGGUGGGGUUUGUUGUAUAGAAUGUAUGUUUCAUGGUUGAGUUAUUGUGGGAGGGAAAAAAGGAAUGUGUUUUAAUUAAACAGGAAUAUAUGGAGUAAAA